AUGACACGACUUAACAGCAGAUCAGUUCCACUCAUCUGCUAGACCGCUCAUCAAGUUGCUGUACAGCAGCAUGCCUCUAUGUUUGCCUCCAGCACAAGCAGAAGCAUUAUGGAAGUGAAAGAGCGACGUCCAUACUGCUCACUCACCAAGGGCCGCAGGGAUAAAGAGGGACCGUACACUGGUUCAUCAGGGGACAGUGAAGACUGUACCAUUGGCUCUCAGGGACUACGAGUCCCUACUCAGAAGUCCUACUCGUCCAGUGAAACACUCAAGGCCUUUGACCAACACCAAGACCAGACCAGGUUACUGUACGGGACAACCAAGGGACACAAGGACAUGGUUCACCGUGAACAGGAUGAUUAUAACAGACAAGCUCAGCAUUUCAGUCUUCGUCAGCUGGGAAUCUGCGAGCCACCGUCACGUCGUGGCCUGGCAUUCUGCUCUGAGAUGGGCCUUCCUCACCGCGGGUUCUCCGUUGGAACAACCCCUGACUUAGAUACUGAGAGUCAGGCUGUGAUGUCACCGGACCGUGCCAUGCGGCUAUGGGGCCGCGGCGGUCUGGGUAAAUCAUCCGGGAGGAGUUCCUGCCUGUCCAGCCGUUCCAACUCGGUGCUGACUCUUACUGAUACCGAGCAUGAGAACAAGUCAGACAGCGACAAUGAGCAACAAUCCAAUCAUCACGGCUCCACCCUGCCUCCUGUGCCACCCCCUCACCGCCAGCAGGCCUCAAUAACAGCUCUCAACCAAUCUCUGGGCUCGACGCACCACGCUGGACAGACCCUGAAUUCAUCGCGGCAGCUUAACCCACCUACUGGAAGCUCGGCCCCUGUGGCCGGCCAAUCACCAGCCGAGCUGCAGACCACGCCCCCCGAGAGUGUCCCGCUGCAAGACAGCUGGGUGCUGGGUAGCAAUGUGCCUCUGGAGACAAGGCACUUCCUUUUCAAGACCGGUACAGGCACCACCCCCCUCUUCUCCACCGCUACUCCUGGCUACACUAUGGCUACAGGCUCAGUGUACUCUCCUCCGACCAGGCCGUUGCCGAGGAAUACGCUGUCCCGCUCUGCCUUCAAGUUUAAGAAAAGCUCCAAGUACUGCUCAUGGAGGUGUACAGCCCUCAGUGCGGUAGGACUAUCUGCACUGCUCUCUGUCCUGCUCUGCUAUUGCAUAGCUAUGCACCUGUUUGGUCUAAACUGGCAGCUUCAAGAGAGUGAGGUAUAUGGAGCAUUUGAAAAUGGAGGAGGUGGAAGAGAUACAACCCCUAACACCUUUAUGGUGUCCACAGAUAAUGGUAAAAUGUCUCCUCUAGAGAACAACACCAUAGACACAGGAGAGGUGGAUGUGGGUAGACGAGCCAUACAAGACGUCCCACCAGGAGUAUUUUGGAGGUCCCAACUAUAUAUUGACCAACCACAGUUCUUAAAAUUCAACAUCUCCGUCCAGAAAGAUGCUCUUGUUGGGGUGUAUGGACGUAAAGGCUUACCGCCCUCACACACACAGUAUGACUUUGUGGAGCUACUGGAUGGUAGUCGUCUCAUUUCCAAAGACAAACGAGCGCUCAGUGACAUGGAUGCAGGAAAUUCAUAUCCAGCUCGUGUGCAUGAGGAGGAGUCUGGCACCCGACACAUACGGUCCGUGAACGUACACGAGGCUGGUUUCAUCCAGUAUCUGGACACAGGAAUCUGGCAUCUGGCCUAUUACAAUGAUGGACGCAAUACAGAACAAAUCAUUUACAAUACCAUCGUCAUAGAGUCAAUUAUGGAGUGUCCGCAGAAUUGUCAUGGAAACGGAGAUUGUCUCUCAGGAACAUGUCACUGUUUCCCAGGAUUUCUUGGGCCCGACUGCUCUAGAGCUGCCUGUCCAGUGCUGUGCAGUGGUAAUGGCCAGUACUCCCGUGGACGCUGCCAAUGCUACAGUGGAUGGAAAGGUACUGAGUGUGAUGUGCCAGCCAACCAAUGCAUUGACAUCCACUGUGGAGGGCAUGGCAUCUGUAUUAUGGGUGCCUGCAUCUGCAAUACUGGAUAUAAAGGCGACAACUGUGAGGAAGUGGACUGCAUAGACCCACAUUGUUCAGCCCAUGGGGUGUGUAUUCAUGGUGAGUGUCACUGUCAGCCAGGCUGGGGCGGAGCCAGCUGUGAGAUCGCCAAGGCCAUGUGCCCGGACCAGUGUUCAGGUCAUGGAACCCACAACGCAGAGACCAGCAUUUGUACCUGUGACCAGAACUGGACUGGACCCGACUGCUCUUUAGAGGUGUGUGAAGUGAACUGUGGCAGUCAUGGAGUCUGUUUUGGUGGUGUGUGUCGGUGUGAGGAGGGCUGGACAGGGACUGUGUGUGACCAGAAGGCCUGCCACCCAAUGUGCAGCAAGAACGGAGUGUGUAAGGAGGGGAAGUGUGAGUGUGACCAGGGAUGGACAGGGGAGCACUGCAAUAUUGCUCACAAUCCGGACAUUAGAGUCAAAGAGGGUUGCCCAGGACUCUGCAACAACAACGGACGAUGCACUCUGGAGGCCAGUGGCUGGCACUGCAUCUGCCAAUCAGGAUGGAGGGGAGACGGGUGUCAUGUAGCCAUGGAAACACUCUGUACUGAUGGCAAGGACAAUGAAGGAGAUGGCUUGGUUGAUUGUAUGGAUCCAGACUGCUGUUUGCAGUCCUCCUGUCAAAACCAGCUAUACUGCAAAGGGUCACCUGACCCAGGAGAGGUGCUCGGUCAGUCUUCGACAUCAUUGGCUCCUCAGCAGGCUGCAAGGUCUUUCUACCAGCGCAUUCACUUUCUAGUUGGUCCUGAAUCCACCCAUGUAAUCACCGGAGAGAGUCCAUUCAAUAGAAGCUUGGUUUCUAUUGUUCGAGGUCAGGUGUUGACAGCUGAUGGAACACCUCUGAUUGGAGUCAACGUGACGUUUGUUCACUAUCCUGAACAUGGAUUCACUGUAACUCGCAAGGAUGGCAUGUUCGAUCUCCUGGCCAAUGGUGGGGCAUCUCUGACACUGAGUUUUGAGCGUGCUCCAUUCAUCACUCAGUACAGAACGGUGUGGGUGCCAUGGAAUGUCUUCUAUGUGAUGGACACACUUGUCAUGAAGAAGGAGGAGAAUGAAAUUCCCAGCUGUGACCUGAGUGGUUUCAUCAGGCCCAGUCCUGUCAUUGUUGCCUCUCCUCUGUCUACAUUUUAUAGGACUUCACCCGAGGAUGGCCCCAUCGUACCUGAAACACAGGUUUUACAUGAAGAAACCUCGAUUCCAGGCAGUGACCUAAACCUUAUCUAUCUGAGCUCCAGAGCAGCGGGAUAUAAACCAGUCCUCAAAGUCACCAUGACACAGUCAUCGAUACCUUUCAACCUGAUGAAGGUUCACCUAAUGGUGGCAGUAGUGGGUCGCCUCUUCCAGAAAUGGUUCCCUGCCCAACCAAAUCUAUCGUACACCUUUAUCUGGGACAAGACGGAUGCUUAUGCCCAACGCGUCUAUGGGCUAUCUGAGGCAGUUGUGUCAGUGGGGUUUGAAUACGAGUCCUGCCUGGACCUCAUCCUGUGGGAGAAAAGAACCGCCACUUUACAAGGCUACGAGUUGGAUGCUUCCAACAUGGGAGGGUGGACGCUGGACAAACAUCACAUUCUGGAUGUACAAAAUGGUAUAUUGUACAGAGGUAACGGUGAGAACAUUUUCAUCUCCCAGCAGCCCCCUGUCAUCAGCAGCAUCAUGGGAAAUGGGCGUCGACGCAGCAUCUCCUGCCCCAGCUGUAAUGGGCAGGCGGAGGGCAACAAGCUCCUGGCCCCUCUUGCUCUGGCCUGUGGGGCAGAUGGCAGUAUCUUUGUUGGAGACUUCAACUACAUCAGGAGGAUCUUCCCAUCUGGGAACGUUACAAGUGUCAUGGAGCUUAGAAAUAAAGAUUUCAGACAUAGCAACAACCCUGCUCACCGUUACUAUUUAGCAACCGACCCAGUCACAGGGCAGUUGUAUGCAUCGGACACCAACUCACGCCGAAUCUACCGACCCAAGAUGCUCAGUGGAGCCCGUGACCUCAUCAGUAAUGGUGAAGUAGUUGCUGGUACAGGUGAACAAUGUCCUCCGUUUGAUGAAGCACGCUGUGGAGAUGGAAGAAAAGCUACCGAGGCACAGCUACUGGGACCAAAGGGGAUUGCAGUGGAUAAAAAUGGCUUGAUUUACUUUGUGGAUGGAACUAUGAUCAGGAAAGUGGAUCGUAACGGAAUCAUUUCAACAGUGCUGGGCAGCAAUGACCUGACCUCUGCACGACCUUUGACCUGUGAUACCAGCAUGCACAUAAGACAGGUUCGUUUAGAAUGGCCCACAGAUCUAGCCAUCAAUCCCAUGGAUAACUCCCUCUAUGUCCUGGACAACAAUGUUGUGCUGCAAAUCACUGAAAAUAGACAGGUUCAUAUCGUGGCAGGCCGCCCCAUGCACUGCCAGGUGCCUGGUAUAGAAUACACUAUGGGGAAGAGAGCCGUCCAGACCAUGCUAGAAGGAGCUACAGCCAUAACCUUGUCCUACAGCGGGGUCCUGUACAUUGCAGAGACAGACGAGAAGAAAAUUCACCGCAUUCGACAGGUGUCGACUGAUGGAGAAAUUACCCAUCUAGCUGGAGCGCCAUCUGAGUGUGACUGCAAGAAUGAUGCCAACUGUGACUGCUAUCAGACUGGAGAUGGCUAUGCUAAAGACGCCAGGUUUAAUUGCCCUUCCUCUUUGGUGGUGUCUCCAGAUGGGACACUGUAUGUCGCUGACCUGGGAAACAUCCGCAUUCGAGCCAUUCGGCGAAACCAACCACCCACUGGCUCUCUGGCUUCAGGUCCCAGCUUUUAUGAAGUGGCUUCUCCAGCCUCUCAAGAGCUAUAUGUGUUUGACGUGAAUGGGACUCAUCAAUUCACCAUGUCUCUGGUCACUGGAGACUACAAAUACAACUUUAGCUACAGCAACGAGGAGGAUGUGACUGCAGUGACAGACAGCAGUGGAAACACCCUCCGUAUCCGUAGAGAUACCAACAGGAUGCCUGUACGUGUGGUUGCCCCUGACAAUCAGGUUAUCUGGCUAACCAUCGGAACUAACGGUGGUCUAAAGUCUCUUACGGCUCAGGGUCAGGAACUGGUCUUGUUUAGUUACCAUGGCAGCAGUGGCUUGCUGGCUACCAAGAGCAUCCAGAUAGGCUGGACUACCUUCUAUGACUAUGACAGCGAGGGUCGUCUGACUAAUGUGACCUUCCCCACCGCUGUUGUGACCAAUCUCCACGGCGACAUGUCGUCAGGAGCUGUUGCUGUGGACAUUGAGACGUCUGGGAGAGAUGAGGAUGUUUCUAUAACAACCAAUCUAUCAUCAAUCGACUCCUUCUACACUCUAGUGCAGGACCAGCUUCGUAACAACUACCAUGUGGGUAAUGACCAUUCACUGAGGGUCAUCUACGCCAAUGGGAUGGACACACACUACCAGACAGAGCCCCACAUAUUGGCAGGUGCUGCUAACCCAACUGUAGCCCGGCGCAACAUGACACUCCCGGGAGAGAAUGGCCAAAACCUGGUGGAGUGGAGGUUCAGGAAGGAACAGACACGAGGAAAAGUCAUUGUCUUUGGGAGAAAGCUGAGGGUGAAUGGUAGGAACUUGCUGUCUGUGGAUUAUGAUCGUACACUGCGAACAGAGAAAAUUUAUGAUGACCACAGGAAGUUCUUGCUGAAGAUCAUCUAUGACACCCAAGGCCAUCCCACUCUCUGGGUUCCCAGCAGCAAGCUUCUAUCGGUCAACUUGACUUACUCCAGUACGGGGCAGUUGACAGGCCUCCAGAGAGGUCCAACCACAGAGAAGUGGGAGUACGACAGUCAGGGAAGAAUUAUUUCCCGAAUCUUUGCUGAUGGAAAGACAUGGAGCUACACUUACCUGGAUAAGUCCAUGGUCUUGCUGCUGCACAGCCAGCACCAGUACAUCUUUGACUAUGACUCAGGAGACCAUCUGUCAGCAGUCACCAUGCCCAGUGUGGCUCGACACACCAUGCAGACCAUCAGAUCUAUAGGAUACUACAGGAACAUGUACACCCCCCCAGAGAGCAAUGCUUCUGUCACUGUGGACUACUCUGAAGAUGGACAGCUCCUCAGAGUUGCCCAUCUGGGAACUGGUCGCCAAAUCCUGUACAAGUAUCGCAGACAGAACAAGCUGGCAGAGAUCCUCUAUGACUCAACACGGGUCAGUUUCACUUAUGAUGAGACCGCUGGCGUGCUUAAAACCGUCAACCUGCAGAGCGAAGGCUUCAUCUGCUCCAUCCGGUACCGCCAGAUUGGCCCACUGGUCGACCGGCAAAUAUUCCGCUUCAGCGAGGAUGGGAUGGUGAACGCCCGCUUUGACUACACCUACGACAACAGCUUCAGGGUUACCAGCAUGCAGGCUGUAAUCAAUGAGACGCCACUGCCCAUUGACCUCUAUCAAUUUGAUGAUAUAUCUGGGAAGGUGGAGCAGUUUGGGAAGUUUGGAGUCAUCUAUUAUGAUAUCAAUCAGAUCAUCUCCACAGCAGUGAUGACCUACACCAAACACUUUGACCAGCAUGGCCGCAUCAAGGAGAUCCAAUAUGAGAUAUUCAGGUCUCUGAUGUACUGGAUCACCAUUCAGUAUGACAACAUGGGCCGUGUCACCAAACGUGAGAUCAAGAUUGGACCUUUUGCAAAUACAACCAAAUAUGGUUACGAGUAUGACGUUGAUGGACAGCUGCAGACAGUCUCCCUCAAUGAGAAGAUGAUGUGGAGGUACAACUAUGAUUUGAAUGGGAACCUGCAUUUGCUGAACCCUGGGAACAGUGGUCGAUUAACUCCUCUACGCUACGAUUUGAGGGACAGAAUCACGAGACUUGGAGAUGUUCAGUACCGACUGGAUGAAGAUGGUUUCCUGAGACAGAGAGGAGCUGAGAUAUUUGAAUACAACUCUAAAGGUCUUCUAGUUCGUGUCUACAGUAAAGCAGCCAGCUGGUCAAUCCAGUACCGCUAUGAUGGUCUGGGUCGGCGUGUGGCUUCUAGAAACAAUCUGGGUCAACACCUGCAAUUUUUCUAUGCUGACCUGAACUACCCAACCAGGAUCACCCAUGUCUAUAACCACUCCAGCUCCGAGAUCACAUCCUUUUACUAUGAUCUGCAGGGCCAUGUCUUUGCUAUGGAGAUCAGCAGUGGAGAGGAGUAUUAUAUAGCAUGUGAUAACACUGGGACACCUUUGGCUGUCUUCAGCAACAAUGGACUUUUGCUUAAACAGGUGCAGUACACAGCAUAUGGUGAGGUUUACUUUGAUUCCAACCCAGACUUUGUGCUGGUAAUUGGUUUCCAUGGAGGCCUUUAUGAUUCUCUGACACGACUUCUGCAUUUUGGAGACAGAGACUAUGACAUCCCUGCUGGGAGGUGGACGACUCCUGACAUUAGCACAUGGACACGUGUUGGUAAAGACCCCCAGCCCUUCAACCUUUACAUGUUCCGAGGCAACAACCCAAUCAGCAAGAUCCACCAGGUCAAAGAAUAUGUUACAGAUGUCAAUAUCUGGCUGGUUACGUUUGGAUUCCAUCUUCACAACGCAAUACCAGGAUUCCCUAUUCCUAAGUUUGACCUGACACAGCCAUCACUGGAGAUGAAAAAGAGUCAGCUGUGGGAUGACCUACCGUCUAUCUCAGGUGUCCAGCAGGAGGUGACUCGUCAGUCUCAGGCCUUCCUGUCAUUUGAGCGCAUGCCAGAAAUUCAGCUCAGCCGGCGGCAUUCAAAUCACGCCAAACCCUGGCUGUGGUUUGCUACUGUCAAGUCUCUUAUUGGAAAGGGAGUGAUGCUAGCUGUGAUCCAAGGCCGUGUGGUGACCAAUGCUUUAAACAUUGCAAAUGAAGACUGCAUCAAAGUGGCUGCAGUCUUAAAUAAUGCCUUUUACCUUGAAGACCUGCAUUUUACAGUAGAGGGACGAGACACACACUACUUCAUCAAGACCAGUCUACCAGAGAACGACCUCAGUGCACUGCGGCUCACCUCAGGCAGAAAGUCAUUAGAAAAUGGUGUGAAUGUCACAGUGUCCCAGUCUACAACAGUGAUGAAUGGGAGAACGCGACGCUUUGCUGAUGUGGAGCUGCAGUAUGGCGCUCUGGCUCUCCAUGUACGUUAUGGGACAACAUUGGAUGAAGAAAAAGCAAGAAUCCUGGAGCAUGCAAGACAGAGGGCGCUGUCGAGUGCCUGGGCCCGCGAACAGCAGCGGGUAAGAGAUGGUGAGGAAGGAGUUCGGAUGUGGACAGAGGGAGAGAAAAGGCAACUGCUGAGCAGUGGCAAGGUGUUGGGUUAUGAUGGCUACUACGUCUUGUCCAUAGAGCAGUACCCCGAGCUAGCCGACAGCGCUAACAAUAUGCAGUUCCUACGCCAGAGUGAGAUAGGCAGGAGGUAACACAGCAUCAACACAUGUCAGCAAAUGAUUACACCUGUGACUGUCAAAGACUAACUAAAGUUCAGUUUUCACAGAAAAUGGAUGUCAACGAAUGAACUGCCUUGAGACUCAAAAAUUGCCACUGAAGAGAUCCCACGUUUGCAAAGAUGUUUUGUACUGGGAAUGGUCAGGUAGAGUAACAAUAAGAAUAGUAACAAUCACUUCAACGCAGCGGACAUGAAAUGUUAUGGAACAACAAUUGUGAGGACUCAAAACAGUUUUCAUGAGUGCAAAAGGUCAAAAGAAAGUUCUUUUGGGCAAUGCAUUUUCUCUCUUUUUGUUCCUGUCUUCUUUUUCUUGUCUUUCUUUCACCUUGCCAUCUGCCUUUAAACGCAUGCCCCUCUCCCUCCUUCUGUUCGGCAGGGCUAUCAUGAGUGUUGUCAUAGCUGUGAAACAGUGGGAUGCCAACUCUUUCAAACAGCCAAGUGAGCAUUUCAGCAUUUUGACAGUUGUAAACUGUCAGAGCUGUCAGCACAAACAAUGCGGAUCACUCACCGAUGUUACAGGUAUCAUAUUUGUCUGGACCAGAUGUGUCGCUUGGGGUUAUAGACCUCUGUAAGCCAUUGAAUGGAACUGUUGUGGACUUUCUCUGAGAGACAGGCACAAAAAAGGACUACGAUUUGUUUGAAGGUGAAAAAGACUGAAUUGUGUUUGUUUUUAUAUAUAAAAUUACAUUUGCUUCAGACAAAAAUGGGGAUUUUAAUCAUCAAAUGUUUACAUACUAUUACCUAUACCACUAUUACUGUUAUUACUACACCACCACCAUCCGGAUGGACCAUGAAUUGAGCUAAACAAAACCAGAAAACGUUUGUGCUUUUGUUUCUUUAUUACUUAUAUCUAUGAUCUGUUUGAUCAGUUGUAAAAUCACUCCUCCUGUGCUUUUACAAGGUCUACAGCUUCAGACAACAGCACUAACUGAGGAAGCAGGGCAACAACAUUGCCACAGCUGUUUCUGAUUCUUGAGGAUGUACACUUUGUGGACCGGGUGGGCUCUUUGGUCCUGUAAAACACUGCUCCACGGUCAGACCUGGAAUCCUUCACUUCUGUAAAAUGUGACUCUGACUCAUAAUGCAAAGACUUUGUGCUUAUAUUGGUCAAAGGUAGUAGUAUUGCUUGCAAUAGAAACAUGUUGUUAUGGCUUUGGGGGGGCAGGUUUACCGUGAGUAGUAACUAAUUGUUGCUUCUCUCUUUGUUUUUGCUUGUUUCUCCUUAAAGGGACAGUGCAUCACCAUCAGUGACAUUAACGAGUAACAGUAAUAGAUCAAAAAUUGAAGUGGAUGUUUUCUCAUCAAUCAUGGGUCUCAUGUAGAAGAGUUUUCUUUGUGUCUGUGUUUACAAUGGUGGGAGGGCAACUUUAAUCUUUUUAAAAGGACAGAAUGAGAGAAUGAAGACCAGUUGACAAUGUUUUAUUGGAUCAUCCUUUUUUAUUUUGAAGUUGGGAGAUUCCACUUAUCCGUACAUCAAUAUUAGUCUCAGAGAAAAUAAUUUAUGUACAGUGUUUUUACGGAAAAAAUAAAAAUAUUUGAAACCA